AUGCCCCCGGCAUCAAAACCCGAAAUCCCACCCUUAUCCAAACCCUCUUCUUCCUCAGGGGCAGACAAAAGCCCCCUUCCCAUCCGCCCUUCGUCUUCCGUCAUCCUACUCUCUCCCAUCAAUCAAGUCCUACUACUCCACCGCGUUGCCAAAUCCACCUCUUUUGCUUCUGCUCACGUCUUCCCUGGCGGAAAUCUAUCCGAGUUUCACGAGGGUGAAUAUUACCCGUUGCCAGCGAAAGAUGGGGAGUUGCAUAGGGACAGUGAGGCGUACAGGUUAGCGGCGGUGAGGGAGACAUUUGAGGAGAGUGGGAUUCUGUUGGCUCGACGGAAAGAUGGUGGUGGUGGUGGUGGUGAGGGAAACAAAAUGUUGGAGUUGAGCGAGGAGGAGCUGGAAGAGGGUCGGAGGGAGGUAUUUGGGGAUCGGGUAAAGUUUACGGCUUGGUUAGAGGGGAAAGGUGGGGUGGCUGAUGUUGACAACCUCCUCCCCUUCACCCGCUGGAUCACGCCCCAAAACCAACGCAAACGGUUCACCACGCAAAUGUACCUAUACAUGCUUCCCCUGAACACCACCACCGCCGAAUCGCAGACUACAACGGUAGUCCAAACCCCUACCCACGAUGGCGGCGUAGAACACACCGCCGCACUAUUUGAUUCUCCUUCCACCUGGCUGGCCAAGGCCUCAGCAGGCGAAAUUAUCCUUUACCCACCGCAGUUCUACCUCUUGACCCUUAUCAGCCGGUUCCUGCCCAAACAAUCUUCCGACUACGACGAGCAGCGCGAAAGGCUUGUUUCCUUCCUGCGCCGGGUACCGACGAGUUCAGUGAAGCAUCCGACCUCUGACAUCCCGUGGGCGGAGAAGGUUAUGAGUCCCGAGGUGGUGAGCUUUGCUAAACAGGGGAGCUAUGGCAACGGACGGGUGAUUCUGGGACUGGCAAAACCGGGACGGGAGUUGAUGGACAGUGGGCGAGGAGGAGACGUGGAGAGGGUGGUAUUAGUCGAUUUCAGGAAGGAAGAGGUGGAAGAGGUGAAGGAAGAACAGACAGAGGGAGGGGAGAUGGUGAAGAAGGUGAUUAAGACGGCGGUGAGGGUGCCGAGGGAAUUGGAGGUGAUGGAGAGGACGGAGGCUAUGGCUAUGGCUGCUGCUCCUGAGAAGAAGGGGAAAGGGAGCAAGCUAUAG